AUGCUGCUGGCAGCGACGCGCUGGGAGGCAGCAGGGCCCUCCUACGGCUCGCUGCGGUAUGUCGAGCUGGCGCCACAGGGGCCAACCUGGGCCACGGACCUCAUCAAGAGCGCCGGUGAGCCGGACGUGGUGCUGCUGCCCGAUCUCGGCGGGAUCUGCUCGGGCAGAGUUCUGAAGUUCGUUCUCUUCACCAAGCCUGGGGAGCCAGGUUGGGCGUCGAUGCCGGAAGUGGUGCGGGUGCUCCGUCUACAGCUGGAGGCAGCAGGGGCCACUGUGGUCGAUUGCGGGCCCAGGCACUGUGAGGUGCUACCUCCAGGCGUCCACAAGGGCGUCGGAAUGCUGCGGCUUCUGGAGCACCUCGGCGUCGGCGCCGACGAGACCCUGGCCUGCGGGGACGGGCCGAACGACGUGGAGAUGCUGCAGAUGGCGGGAGUGGGCGCCGCGGUUGGGAACGCGGGCCCAGAGGCGCGGGCGGCGGCGGAUGCCGUGGUCGCCAGUGCGGAGGCAGACGGCGUGGCGGACGCCGUCGUGCGCUUCGCUCUGCGGCAGCCCGCGGGAGCCGCCCAAGGCUGA